AUGGAUGCGGGCGAAACACCUAUCACCGGCUUGGAGGAGCUUGAAAGCCACAUCCAAGCCCUCUUGAAGUCUCCAGAUAUACCGCUGAAUGCAACACUAUUCGAUGAGGUGGGAUUGCAACUCACAGAUACCAAUACCCCUCCACUCACCCUGCGAUUUCUCCCCACCCUCACCCAAAUCCUCAAGAGCUACCAAAGAGAUCCCGAACCCAUAGUCAGCCUCUCGCUCAAGCUGCUGAAACCGGUCCAAUUCACACAGGCCCUUACACUUGCAUCUGAAGAUACCCUUAUCCAAGCCCUGCGAUCUCCAGCCCCAUCUGUGAACAUACUCGCAAUCGCAGUCAUAGAGAAAGCUACUCGGAGCCCGAGCGAUACGGCAAUACUUUCUAUCAUGAGAGGGGUGGUGGAGAAUCUGCUACGGACAUGGCUCAGCACACCACACGUUGAGGUUGGAGAGAUGGCCACAAGGGUACUGGGGGAUCUGUUAAGUAUAGACUGCGAUCACAGAUCUUCGGCCGAGAUUGAUGCCAGGAUGCAUGGCCUACAAAUAACUUCGCGGACACCACCAGGUCAAGGGCUGCUUUGGAGACGGAUAUUCCAAGACAGCGAGAUCUACGGGUUACUGCUGGAUCUUUGCAGCUCUAAGACAGUGGGCAAAGGCGAGGGACAAUUGGAUGAGCGACAGAAGUCUUUGGCUCAGGCACGGGUGUUACGAGUCCUUCCCCGAAUGGCGGCAUUGGAUUUUCUUGCCGUUUCCCGGACCAAUCUCCCCGAAAUCGAGCACCAGUACGGAUUGCAGGAAGGAGAAUCAGGGCUAUUAUGGUUUGCGGCCACGGAUAUGGUAGAUAAAGAAGACGUGUUGAUGCAUAUCACGGUCAUUGACUUCUUUGUGGAGCUGCUGGAGAUGAUAAGCUUGACAGAGAUUACGCCGAAGAAGAUGGAGUAUCUGGCUAAGCUGUGCAAGGAAGUUACUUCCACAGAUACCACGAUGUACAAGAGUCUCGAGUCGAUCGCGUUGAAUCCGGAGAGCUCGCCGGAGUUAGUGGAUUUGUUGGUCAAAUUGAAUCAGUUCCAGUAG